UCUCAAACUUAACGUUAGUUAAGCGCUAAGCAAACUAAUCAUGGCCAUAACUACAAUUUUACUAUAUCUAGUUAUAAUUGCAACUACAGUGGCUAUAUAUUUUAUACGAAAACGUUUAAACUACUGGCAAGAACUGGGUAUACCCCACAAUAAACCCCACCUAUUUGCGGGCAAUUUAAGAGGACUGCAAACCAAACGCAGCAUAGCCGACUGUGUGAGACAAACAUAUGAACAAUUUAAGGGUACGGGACCAUUUUGUGGAUUUUAUUUCUUUCAAAGACCAGUGGCAUUAGUGUUGGAUGUGGCUUUAGCUAAAAAUAUCUUAAUAAAAGAUUUUUCAAAUUUCACCAAUCGUGGUUUGUUUCACAAUGAGGAAGAUGAUCCCCUAACGGGUCACUUGUUUUUGUUGGAUGGUAAUAAAUGGAAAAAUUUACGCCAGAAAUUGUCGCCCACUUUUACCUCGGGCAAAAUGAAAUUUAUGUAUCCCACUGUCAUACAAGUGGCCGAGCAAUUUGUGCAAGUCUUUGGUGAACUAAGUCAGCAGGACAAUGUGGUGGAGAUUAAAGAACUAUUGGCUCGUUUUACCACCGAUGUUAUAGGUACUUGUGCCUUUGGCAUCAACUGUAAUAGUUUAAAGGAUCCACAAGCAGAAUUUCGUUUAAUGGGCAAACGUUCUUUAAACGAACGUAGACAUGGCAACUUACUUAUGGGUUUUAUACAAGGUUUUCCUGAGUUGGCUAAAAAAUUGCAUAUGAAACUGGUGCCCGAUGAAAUUACUGAAUUUUUUAUGCGAAUUGUCAAAGAAACUGUGGCUUAUAGGGAGACUAAUAAUAUCCAGAGUAAUGAUUUCUUAAGUAUUUUAAUUGAUUUGAAAAAUGGCAAAGAAGGUGAAAAGGCGGUCAAGUUGAGUAUCGAAGAAAUGGCUGCUCAGGCUUUUGUUUUCUUUUUGGGUGGUUUUGAGACUUCUUCUUCUACCAUGGGCUUUGCUCUCUACGAAUUGGCUCAACAUCAGGAAAUACAACAAAAAAUGCGCCUUGAAAUCAAUGCAGCUUUUGAUGAUACUAAUCACAUUGGCUAUGAGGCUUUGCACAAUAUGCCAUGUAUGGGUCAAGUAAUAUCGGAAACCCUACGCAAAUACACUAUUGUGCCUCACUUGAAUCGUCAAGCCUUGGCCGAUUAUGUGGUACCCGGUCAUCCGAAAUAUGUCAUCAAAAAGGACAUGCCUGUCAUUAUACCCGCUUAUGGUAUACAUCAUAAUCCUGAUUUAUAUCCUGAACCGGAAAAAUUCAAUCCAGAUCGCUUUGAUGCUGAAAAUGUUAAAAAACGAGAUGCCAUCGAAUGGUUGGCUUUUGGUGAUGGUCCUCGUAAUUGUAUAGGCAUGCGUUUUGGUCUGAUGCAGACUAGAGUUGGACUGGCUUACCUAUUGCGUAAUUUUAAAUUUUCAGUGAGUGAUAAAACUGAAAUUCCCUUGGAGUGGGAUAAAAAGUCAUUUGUUUUAGCGAAUAAAAAUGGUAUUUUCCUAAAGGUGGAAAAACUGUAAGUGUUUAGGUAAUAUAAUUUUAAUUUAUAAUAAAUAUUAUUAAAAUUGUAAAUAUUUAAUUAAAAAUUAAUUUUAUUUUAUAUAUGUAAAUUGUUUUAAUUAAAAAUAAAUUUUUAUAA